GUCUGAACCUCAUCAGCCUUUCUUUGGGUUUGCUGGUUACAUGUGGCUGUUGUCAGGCAUCCACCACAUCCUCAGCACAGACUAUUGCUCAUCCAGUCAAGGUGUAGAAGCGUCCCCGUCCCCGUCCCUGAGUCAUGACGGACAGACGACUGGUGUGCUGGGGCAAGAUGCUGCUGCGUCGGAUCCCCCUGGACAACCGGCAGGUGGGCUCCCAGUUUGCCCGGUGCCUGACCACCCUGGACCUCAUCUCUCUCGGGGUGGGCGCCACCCUGGGUGCAGGGGUCUACGUGCUCUGUGGGGAGGUGGCCAAAGAGAAGGCAGGGCCGGCCAUUGCGCUGUGCUUCUUGAUAGCGGCCGUCUCUUCCAUCCUGGCGGGCUUGUGUUACGCUGAGUUCGGUGCCCGUGUGCCCAGAGCUGGCUCAGCCUAUGUGUAUUGCUACGUGACAGUGGGGGAGAUUUGGGCUUUCAUCGUUGGCUGGGUCCUCAUUUUGUCCUACAUCAUCGCCACUGCCAGUGUUGCACGAGCCUGGAGCUUGACAUUUGAUAACCUGGUAGGCCUGGCUAUCUCACAGUGGAUCAAAAACUACAUUCCGAUAAACCUUUCCGGGACUAUGUUCUCUGAAUACCCUGACAUACUGGCUGUGCUGUUAAUCGUUCUGGUCACAGCACUGCUGUCAUUUGGCGUGAGCGAGUCGGCACUGAUGGGCAAGAUCUUCACGGGGAUCAACGUGACGGUGCUGGGGUUUGUGUUCGUCGCGGGCUUGGUGAAGGGAGACCGAGCAAAUUGGAGCCUUACUCUGGACGACUACAUCAAUGCCACCAAUUUUACAGACCCAGAACUUAUUGAGAAGGGAUUCGGCCUCGGUGGUUUUGCUCCAUUUGGCAUCCGUGGAAUCCUGUCUGGGGCAGCGACGUGCUUCUACGCCUUUGUUGGCUUCGACUGCAUCGCUGCUUCAGCUGAAGAGGCCCUGAACCCCAGGCAGUCCAUCCCCAUCAGCAUCGUGGCUUCACUGCUCUGCUGUUUCGUGGCCUACUCUGGGGUGUCUACAGCCCUCACCCUGAUGAUGCCCUACUACCUCCUAGACACGCAGACCCCCCUGCCCAAAGCCUUCGACUUUGUGGACCUGGCACACGGCCGCUAUGUGGUAGCUGUGGGCUCCCUGUGCGCCCUUUCAACAAGUUUGCUCGGAUGCAUGCUCCCCUUGCCACGUGUGAUCCAUGCUAUGGCAUCUGACGGCCUGAUAUUCAGCUUCCUCUCGCAAAUUUGUGAGAAAACCAAGACGCCUUUGCUGGCCACAGUAAUAUCCGGUGUGGUGGCAGCUCCCAUGGCGCUGCUCUUUGACCUGGAUGUUCUGGUGGACCUGAUGUCAAUAGGGACUCUGCUAGCCUAUACAGUGGUGGCUCUUUGUGUGCUUGUUCUCAGGUACCAGCCUAGUAUUCCGGAUGAUGGCCUCAAGACACGGACGUUGGCUGAGGCGGGCAGUGAUCAAAAGAUUCACCGUGAGGGGAAGGAACCCGUUAAAGAGCUUGUGGAGGCAUUCACACCAAUGAGACUGCUGCGACCCAAGACGGAAAUCCCCACCAACCUAUCAGGGAGCAUUGCUUACGGCACCACUGCUGUCCUGUUAGGUUUGGUCCUCAUUCUUUGCUCAGUUCUGGGAAUAUGCUGGAAUGAGUUGGUGCUGGGCCAGUAUUCAGUGGUUGCUAAUUGUGCCAUUCUGACCCUACUAUCAUUACUGUGCCUGCUCAUCAUUUGGCGGCAGCCUCAGACCGUAGAGGUAUACUCGUUCAAGGUACCACUGGUGCCUGUUUUGCCACUGAUCAGCAUCUUCCUUAACGUCGCUCUCAUGAUGCAGCUGAACAGUUGGAUUCCACUUGCAGUGUGGAUUGCAGUUGGCUUUGCUAUCUACUUCACCUAUGGAAUCAGGAACAGCUCAGCAAAGUUUGGAGGAGUUGGGACCUCAAAGCCCCUCUCAACUGAAGAAAUGCAGAGGCAAGAGGAGAGCCAAGCAGAGAAACACAGAAAACCUCCAUAGAAGUAUAGGUUGUUUGUAGUUGUUUGUAUAGACUCUUGAUUGAGCAUUACACACACACACACACACACACAAACACGCAUGCACUCGCGCACACACACACACGCACACUCGUGCGCACACACACACAUACUACACA